AAACUCGUUUUUAUUUUUCUUACUUUCGAUUGCACCUGUGCUGUAUAUCUUAUCAAUCGUAUAUAUUGAAGAGGACUACUCCUAUAGAAUUAAAAUGAAAUGUUUAAAUUAGCUUGAUAAAGCUGCAAUUGGUAUUGAGGCUAGGCAAGGCUAUUUUACGAAGAUAGACCUACCCGUUUCACGCAUGGGAAAAAUAUCUCCACCCUUUUCCCUCACAGGAGCUAACUUGUAAAGGUGUGUGAACAGAGCAAAGCUUCAGUUUCGAGUUGCUCCUCAUGAGGUAAAUUGCUUUAUUGAAAAGGCGACAAAAAUUGUAACUAGCCACAACAGGACACAACUGGGGGGGUAUGGAUGGAACACAGACUCAGGGAAGACAUGACGCCCUUUCCUGGUUCACUGAGUUCCAACUGGACUGUGUCAUCAGGAAUGGGGUAGUUCCAGAAUGGUUCCAUGGCAUUAUUUCCAGGAAGGUUGCUGAGGAAAUGCUCCUGUCCAAUCCCACAGGCUACUUCCUGAUCCGUGUCAGUGAAAGCAGGAUAGGAUACACACUCUCCUAUCGUGCCACUGAUCGGUGCAGGCACUUCAUGAUCGAUGUGCUGAAGGACAAUCGCUACAUUAUUGUAGGAGAGGACAUGCAUCACAGCUCACUGCAAGACCUGGUGAACUUUCACCGCAGGGUGCCUAUCAUGCCUUUCAAUGAGCUGCUGACUGUAGCUUGUGGACAGGUAUCAAAGGACAAGACUGAUUAUGCAGAACUGUUAUUCCCCAAAAGACCAGCCAUGAACCCUAAUCAUGGUGUGUUGCCAAAUAACCCCCCACACAUGCACAGUAGUACUCAUCUGAAAGUAGCUGAGGACAUUCCACCUGCCCUCCCACAUCGUCCCAGCACAUUGAGUGAUCCUGCCGGCCCACCUCCAAACACUAGCACACCACCUGUAUCUCCAAACACCCCUUCUCCCAGACUCUACCCCUGCCUGGAGACCGAGUUAAACACACUAAGCUUCCAAACCCCAAGCAUGGUAGAUCAUACUGCUAAACCAGUGCCAUUGCCCAGGAAAAUGAAUGUAGUCACCACGGCCCAGCCGGACCAACCUCCUGAGUUACCUGCCAGAGGCCCUGCUCUACCACAGAGAAAGGACACGAACCAGAGCAGCACAACAUCUAAAGGUCCCACAGAACCCAGGACUGUGGGUACAGGCAGACCACAGACCCGACCAAACACACACCACCAGGACCCAAACUCCAACCAACAGAAGAAUCAAGAUGUAAAGUCCGUGGUCAGCAACCUGAGCUACUUCAGGAGGAAGUUCCAUAAGAAGAGAAGUGCCUCUCAGGAGCACAUGUAUGCAGAGAUUAGUGUGGAGGAUGAGCAAGGGCUAGACCAGGGGAAACUCACAGCCGUGGAGUCUAGAGAUAUUGAUACAGCUGCUGAUAACGAGUAUCAGAUGCUACCAGGAGAGAUUGACAAUGGCCUUCCACCCAUCACUGCUGUCAGACCCACGGACUGUGGGUUACUGCCAGAGUAUCUGAACCCUCCUCCUUUUGCCCCUGGAUACUAAUGUCCACUUUUCUACCCUCAGGAUGGCUGGGUGGCCAAACGGACACAUGCAUUUUGAGAAGGCACCGAUGAGUUAAAGUUAGUCUGACGAUGUUCUAAUUUAACUGGAUAAAUCUAGAAUCUCUUUUACAACGUAACAUUGAGAACUAUUUAUGUCUGCAACCAGCUCUGGUUAGUGAUUAGACAAUAUCCCAUGUUUUUUUACAGUGCUAUGUAUGGUCAACUAUUUCAUAUCAAAUGUGAAAAUACUUUUGUUUUAUUUAAUUUGAUGUGAGGAAUUAUGUUAGACAUCUAUGUAUUAUUUUCAUUAAAAUACAACCAUGGC